AUGUUUCUUAUUGUGAAAAGUGCUUUUCUAACCGCUUUCUUUGCUGCAAUUGUCACAGGAAGAAUUCACAAGUUACCCCUUACGGGUGAUGAACGACAUUAUGUGGACCUGACAACCUUCGGGUUCUUCCAGGGUGGAGUUUUGGAUGUACACAUGGUUAAUUUUAUGUUACCAUCAGGCCCUGUUUCAGGAGAGUACGGAUUCACACUGGACAGAACUGCAAAUGAUGCAAUAAAUCCUUAUCUAGAGGCGCAUACGGAUAUGUGUUUUUUAAAUGAAAGUGAUAACAGUAUAGUAUCACCACAGCAUCCUGCAAUUGUUUUCUUAAAAAUGGAUUUUAUUAGUUCCAGAUUGAACAUUACAUGUAAGGGUGAAGUGUCAGCACUGCAUCUAUACCAAAACAGAACUGUCAUACCAAUUGAUCGAAUUAAGAGACAGUCGCAGUACUUAUUUAUUAAUAGAAGAAGGAGAGCUGUUGUUGAAUCAGAAAAAAACCAAAAGAAUUAUGUUACUCAAUGUUCGAAUGCCGUUCUCCCGAUUACGAAAGAAACACGCAAUGGUUUUGAUUAUUACAACACUAGUUUUGCAAUGUAUGUAGCUUCGGACAAAGAAGAAGGGCUUUACAACUUAUACUUCCACAAUUGUCCAGGAAAGGGCAAUGGCCCUUCUAUAAAUGUCAUGCUGGAAAUAUAUGAAAGCAACGACGGCAACUUCCUCUCUGCAGGUGAAAUGCCGUUGCCGGCGUUAUAUAGUAUGAUGUCGAUUAUUUUCUUUUUGAGCGCUGGAUUUUGGACUUUUAUUCUGAAAACAAGUAGACAUCCCGUAUAUAGGAUACACAUCAUAAUGUGCAUUCUUGUGUACCUAAAGGCGCUGUCGUUGGCCUUUCAUGGAAUAAACUACCACUUCAUUCAAACACGUGGAGAGCACGUCACGACUUGGGCGAUACUCUAUUAUAUAACGCAUUUGCUGAAAGGAGCUGUACUCUUCGUGACGAUUGUCCUCGUGGGAACUGGAUGGAACUUCAUAAAGCACAUUUUAGCGGACAGAGACAAGAAGCUGUUCAUGAUUGUGAUACCAUUGCAGGUGGUGGCGAACGUGGCGGAGAUUAUAAUAGCGGAGAGCGAAGAGGGCGCGGCGGAGCACAACACCUGGCGCGAUCUCUUCAUCUUCGUUGAUCUCCUAUGCUGCGGAGCCAUUUUGUUCCCUGUAGUAUGGUCUAUACGCCACCUGCAGGACGCGUCUAGCACAGACGGCAAGGCGGCGAUCAACCUGCGCAAGCUCAAGUUGUUCCGUCACUUCUACAUAAUGGUCGUGUGCUACAUUUACUUCACCAGGAUCAUAGUAUCUGUGCUCAAGAUCCUUGUGCCGUUCCAAUACUCCUGGAUCGACGAGAUGUUCCGCGAGAUGGCAACCUUCGUGUUCUUCGUGAUGACCGGCUACAAGUUUCGGCCGGCUGCAGCAAACCCCUACUUCACGCCGAACCACAUCGAUGACAUCGAACCGCAAGUGCUAUCGGAUAUCGGCGUUUUAGAAGGCGUCUCUCGGGUGUCGAAUAGAGAAAAGAAACGCGACGACUUGCAACCCCUUAUGCAAGAAACUAAUUACAACUCCGAC